CAGCCUCAAAGCCCCGCCCACCCGUCCCUAGUAUUUCUGCCAGCGGAAGUUCGUACAGGUUUCUACGGUCUCUGGUGAGUCGGUUCAAGGGCUCCGGGGCUAACAAAAAAGACACCUGACUUUAACACAAUGGCAGCAAUACUCCGGUCCGUCCUGAACAACAAGAACCCGCUGCAGCUGAGCCGUAUGUGUUACUCCUCUGUGCCCUCCACCAAGCUCUUCAUCGACGGCAAGUUUGUGGAGUCCAACAGCUCCGAAUGGCUCGACAUUCACAACCCCGCCACUAAUGAGGUGGUGGGCCGCGUUCCUAAAGCCACCCAGACCGAGAUGCUGGCGGCCGUGGAUUCCUGUUCCAAAGCCUUCCGGUUCUGGUCCGAGACCUCCAUCCUGAGCCGGCAGCAGAUCUUCCUGCGCUACCAGCAACUCAUCAAGGACAACAUUAAAGAGCUGGCCAAGAUGAUCACGCUGGAGCAAGGCAAGACUCUUGCAGACGCUGAAGGCGACGUAUUCAGAGGACUGCAGGUGGUGGAGCACGCCUGCAGCAUCACGUCACUCAUGCUGGGCGAGACGCUGCCGUCCAUCACCAAGGACAUGGACACGUACACCUACCGGCUGCCCAUCGGUGUGUGCGCCGGCAUCGCCCCCUUCAACUUCCCGGCCAUGAUCCCGCUGUGGAUGUUCCCCAUCGGCAUGGUGUGCGGCAACACCUACCUGAUGAAGCCCUCGGAGCGUGUGCCUGGAUGCACCAUGCUGCUGGCCAAAAUGCUGCAGGAUGCUGGGGCGCCCGACGGCACGCUCAACAUCAUCCACGGGCAGCACGCUGCGGUGAACUUCAUCUGCGACCACCCUGCCAUCAAAGCCAUCAGCUUUGUGGGCUCCAACCAGGCAGGAGAGUACAUCUACGAGAGGGGCUCCAAGAACGGCAAGAGGGUGCAGUCCAACAUGGGCGCCAAGAAUCACGGCGUGGUGAUGCCCGAUGCCAACAAAGAGAACACCAUCAACCAGUUGGUGGGCGCCGCCUUCGGAGCGGCUGGCCAGCGCUGCAUGGCGCUGUCCACCGCCAUCUUUGUGGGCGAGUCUCGCGAGUGGCUGCCCGAGCUGGUGGAGCGCUCCAAAUCGCUGCGCGUCAACGCAGGUGAUCAGCCUGGCGCCGACGUGGGACCCCUGAUCUCUCCUGAGGCCAAGAACCGGGUGGAGUCUCUGAUCCAGAGCGGCGUGAAGGAGGGGGCCAAGCUGCUGCUGGACGGGAGGAACGUCAACGUCAAAGGAUAUGAAAACGGCAACUUUGUGGGACCCACCAUCUUGGGCGGCGUGACGACAAACAUGACUUGCUACAAGGAGGAGAUCUUCGGGCCGGUGCUGGUGGUCCUGGAGGCAGACAGUCUCGAUGAGGCCAUAGCGCUGAUCAACAGCAACCCCUACGGAAACGGCACCGCCAUCUUCACGUCCAAUGGCGCCACGGCGCGCCGAUACACACAUGAGGUGGACGUGGGCCAGAUUGGCGUGAACGUCCCCAUCCCAGUCCCCCUGCCCAUGUUUUCUUUCACGGGCUCCCGGGGUUCCUUCAGAGGAGACACCAACUUCUACGGCAAGCAGGGCAUCCAGUUCUACACCCAGAUCAAGACCGUCACGUCACAGUGGAAGGCCGAGGACGCCACCCUGACAAGCCCUGCCGUCACCAUGCCAACCAUGGGACGCUAAGCUUCACACUUUACCAUCAGUGACUUUUAACAUGCCUUAAAACAUGACUCAUUUAAGAGGGAUGGAGAAAGGUUUUGUGUUUUUUUUUUUUGUUUUGUUUUUUUUUAAACAAAGUUUAUUAGUUGCUGAAUGUUUAGUCUCCUCCUCCUAUGGAGAAAAUUGACCCGCUGUUGUCGGUCACCACUGAUGUUUUGUGUUUUAUUCCCCUCAUGUCCUGGGUUUAAUCCUUGGAAUGAUCUUAUUUGCUCUCACGUUCCUCUAAGCCUGCAGGGAGCAAUCAAAAGAUCGGGGAUUAAAAAAAGGACGUCUUCCGCCACUCUGUUUGAGGGCUACAUUUGACAUGCAUAAUGCUGUGGAGGGGAACACUAGAACUGAAACUAUGCACUCAUCUGUUGUGCUUUAUUCAUCCAUACUGGCUGCUCUGUCAGACUAGGCUUCCUCUUUGUAUUGGAUGUGAUGGUUAAGAUUGUCAAGAGCAAUAAACUGCAGUGGUUUGCUUGUCUAACUUGUU